GUGAGGUUGGGUUGAGUUCUUUUUUUUUCUUGAGUUUCCCAUGAAUCUGCUGGGGUUUGUUGUAUCAUUCUCCUAAUUUCCCCCUCCUCAUCUUCUCUCUCCAGGUACAUACCAGCAGAAGUGGCCGAUGCCAGACGAUGUCAGAAGACGAAGGACGAAGACUGUCAACCGACAAACUCGAUCGACCCAAGCAUCUCAAGCGACUCCUCGAUGGGUAUAGCCUAGCAUUCGUCCGAGCCUAUCUGAUCGGAUAUGGGAUCGAGGUGAUCCCGUUGGUCGUCCGAUUGCUGAUCAUCAAGCUGAUCGGCUUCACCCGCCGGAGGCUGCCGACCGGUAUGCUCUUGAUGGGACUGUUCCCGAGGAUCAUCAACCUGCUUCUCAAGGGUCUGCGGCCGACCGGCCUGGCGAUGGCCAGUGGAGUGGCGAUCGGUGGCGCACGCCUGGCCGAAGGUCUGGUCCGGAAACAAAUCCAAGCGAUCGUCCGGCUUCUCAGAGCUUCGUCGAUCCGCCAAAGGUUCAGCCGACUCGUGCGUCCAUCAUCAACAGGCCAGGCCGAUGUCUCCCGUCGGCCCUCCAAGCUCGAACACACCGUCGUGGCCCUCCUCUCCACCUUCUCUGCCGCCUCUCUCUCCUCCUUGCUGGCGAUCACCAUCCUGCAGUCCAAGCACACUAGUGCACUCAUGGCACAAGAUCCACUGCAUCCCACGAUGACGCCCUAUCCGACGCUGAACAGCCAACCAAGCAACAAGCAACCCUCUACAACAAAUGUUUCCCGGGCCCAACGACAAUCACCGACGCUUGACUUUACGCUCUUCUUCACCGUCCGGGCACUCGACACACUUUGCCGGUCGCUUUUCGACUACUUUUCGCCGGCCUGGCUAGGCUUCUUGAGCCGAUGUUCAGACACGAUUCUGUUUCAACUCUGUUGCUGGAGGAUCAUGUGGUGUUGGUUCUAUACGCCCUGGCGGCUGCCGAUGAGCUACGUCAAAUGGAUCACCACGCUUGCCGAAAUGGACCCCCGCUUACUCCAGCUGAUCCGAUUGGCGAAGCCCAAAAAGUUCUUCUAUCGCUCCCCAGCUCAAUCCGACCAGAUCUUGAAAUUCGGCCAGGAGAUCGCUGCUCAUAUGGGAAGACCUCCCGAAGAAGGCGACCCGCUCUUGAUCGAUAAACUCUCAUGUGGUAUCGUUCAUGGUAGAUUGGGUAACUCCGAAAGUUGUACCAUUAACGUCCUCAGAAGAUUCCUUAAAGCUUGGAAAACUAGUCUGGGCAUUUACCUUCCCGUGUUUACAGUCCCAGUAUUAUUAUUCCAAAGGAAGAAGAUACUAAGAGCGCCGGUGAGAACGGCGUUCAGGAUCCUCUUAAACUCCUCGAGAUCGGCCGGAUUUCUGUCGAGUUUUGUAGGACUGACCUGGGCGGGAGUAUGUAUCGGGCGGUCACGAGGGAUGCAUGAGCUUCUGAACAUGAUACUCAGAGGCACAGGGCUGGGCGAUCCGAUCACGGGGACCGAUCUAGAUGGACGGGUGGCCCCUCAACUGGGCAGUCUUCUAGCCGGCUUCAGCAUCCUCAUCGAGAAUAAGAAACGCAGAGGCGAGAUGGCCCUCUAUGUCGCUACUAGGGCCCUCUGCGCUACCGUCGACGAAAUACUUCCCCGCUGGCUCAGAAGACGCAUCAUCGUUAAUCGCUGGGUCUCCAUCUGGGUCGAAAGAAUCUCAUUCUCUGUCUCGAUCGGAAUCAUCACUUGUGCUAUCGUCCAUCAUCCAGAUUAUGUCAGAGGGAUAGUCCAAGGGAUUCUGAAAUAUGCGAUCGGACCCGACUGGCCCAAAGAGCCCUUCCAUCCCUCGUCUCCCCCUCCCCCUCCUCCCCCUGCCACUGCUGUUGCUUCAGCCAUCCAAAACGAUCCCACACUUCCUGUGUCCUCGAAUCAGACCCAUCUUGACGACUCCACUGAAGAAGUGGUCUCUUAUAAUGCAUCCACCCAAACUUAGACUUCCUCUCUUCCUCUCUACUCUUUUCUAUUUAUAUAUUUUUCCUGGCUUAUGUUUUCGUUAUCGUAUAGAGAGCCUAUUUUUUGUGUGUGUCAUUAUGUUCUUUAUCAUUCCUCAAUCAUCAUUCAUGAAUUCUGUUGUUGUACUCUCAUUGUUAUCUUUAUGAUUUUCUGAGCAUUGUACUGCAUUUGUGUGUUCAAGUAGAGUUGUAUCUCGUUCUUCAUGUAUCUCAUCUCAUCGUCUCCACAUAAUCAAUCGAACAAUCAAGCACUUCCCUUUCCAACAUGGUCUGUAGUUAAAUGCCUCAAUUGUGCAUCGAAGAAGCAAAC